AUGGUAUUUGAGGCCAAGGUCAACAACGAGGUCACCACAACCUUCAAGCCAAGGGAGCUGGUGUUCGGGGACAGCCUCAACGUGGAGGAGGACGAGCUGCUGCAGUGCCUGGCCAGCACCGCGCCGCUUCACGCUGCAGAGAGGAACGUUCUCCAGAAAGACUCCAGCGAUGUGGAAGUAGAAAAUGAGGCGAAAGGGAAAUUCGUGUCGAAAAAGCCGGCCUGGGUGGAUGAAGAUGAUGAAGCUGAGGAAGAUGUUGACAUGACCCAUAGGUAUAGGAAAGAUUUCAUGAAAAGUGAUGCUGAGAAGACACUUACUAAGAAAAAACUAAAAAGAAGACUUGAAGAACAGUUUCAGCGAGCUAUGGGAGGAGUUCCUGCCUGGGCUGAUUUAGAAAACCAGAAGAAAUCCAGAAAGACUGCAAGUGAUAGUGACACUGAUGAAGAUGAUGAUCUGCUCUGCAGGACUGGCAAUUACAUAACCACCUCAGAGUCCCUGCCAAGAGGAAUUCUGAAGAUGUCAACCUGCUUGCCUGCUAAUCAGGAACGUUUUGCUGAAGGCAAACUGGCAACUGUGCAGUUUCAUCCCUCUGCUCAAGUGGUCAUGACUGCUGGGCAGGAUCGAUCUGUGUCACUCUUUCAGGUUGAUGGUAUAAGAAAUCCAAGAAUACAGAGCAUCUAUUUAGAGAGUUUUCCAAUUUAUAAGGCUUGUUUCAGUGUUGAUGGAGAACAAGUUAUAGCCACUGGUACUCACCAUAGGAUGUUCUUUGUGUAUGACAUGAUGAGUGGAAGGAUUAUUCCUGUACAGAAAGUAAGAGGUGUAGAGGAAAGAUUUCUCAGAAGCUUUGAACUCUCUCCAGAUGGAUCAUUUAUGCUUCUAACUGGAACUUCAGGUUACCUUCACUUGCUAUCAAUGAAGACCAAGGAACUGAUUAGCACUAUGAAGGUAAAUGGAAGAUGCACGGCAUCUGCUUUCACUCCAGACAGCAGUAAAAUAUAUAGCUAUUCAAAGGAAGGCGAAGUUUUCAUCUGGGAUGUGAGAAGCAGAAAGUGUCUACACAAAUUUGAAGAUGAAGGUUCUUUGGAAGGAAAGUGCAUUGCUGUUUCAAAAAAUAACCAGUAUGUGGCAUGUGGUUCAACUUCUGGAGUUGUGAAUUUAUAUACUACUGAUGUCUGUCUCAAAGACAACCACCCUAAACCAGUUAAAGCCAUAAUGAACUUAGUUACCUCUGCUACAUGUGUGACCUUCAAUCCCACGACGGAGAUUUUGGCAGUGGCUUCCCGUGAAAUGGAUGAAGCUGUCAAAUUGGUGCACAUCCCUUCAUAUACUGUAUUCUCCAACUUCCCAGUCUUCAGAAGAAAACAGAUUUAUCUUGCUCAAUCUAUGGACUUUUCUCCCAGAAGUGGUUUUUUCUCUGUAGGAAAUAACAAGGGCAAAGCUUUGUUAUUUAGGUUGAAACAUUAUUCAGAUUUUUAAAGGAAGAUACAGAGGAAAAUGGACCAGUA